AUGUUCACAUUACGGGGUUGGUGCAGGAGAACAUCCAGCCCGAGACCGUCCUGGUCUUUGACGACGCGAGAUCCCCACUGGGAUAACUCGUGGGCUUCCGGACGGUUUGCAUGGCCGACGGCAAGACGCUGCGGCACGGAGAUGCCGCCUGGGACCGGAACUUGUACCGCCAUUCUGAUUGGCAGGGGCUGCUCCCCGACGCCGAAUAUACAAUGCAGCACGAAUGUCUACAGCCUUGGGGUCUGUCUGCUGGAGAUCGGGCUCUGGCGGUCCCUCGUGGCGUAUGAUCCCGAAAAUGGCUCGCCCUCCCUCGCGAAAACGACGGCCGGCUUUCCCGACAUUGGCAACCCUAACUUGAAAGACGUUCUCAUUACCUUGGCCACCGACGUGCUGCGGCAGCGGAUCGAAAACAAGUUCGCACAGGUGGUGGUCAAUUGUCUCACGUGCAUGGAUGAGAGCAAUCGCGAUUUCGAAGACAAGGAGGACUUCCAGGAUGAGGAUGGCGUCCUGAUCGGUGUGAAAUACAUUGAGAAGGUGGGUGUGACGGUCCUAGAAGCAGAAUCUGGGUUGGCUAACUUGACAUAG